ACACCUUAUACCAUGAUAUUCAGAUGGAUUAAACUUGACCAGUUAUAUUUCAAUUACUUCCUCGUUUCCCUUUCAUUAGCAUCGAUUUGAUAAAAACAUGCUGACGGAACUCCAUUUGAUAUUGUAAAAUUGCUCAAUUCACUUAAAAUAUCCCAAAAUUUCAAGUGAUUUCACCACAAUAUUUGCAAUAUUAUCAUUUGAGCAAAGAAUGAUUUAAUAUAAUUUUUUCUUUUGAUAUAAAUAUCGCAACUUCUCUAAAUAUUUCAUUAUGAGAGAUACUUUUUGUGAUUCUUAUAGUCAAUUGUUAUUUAAUCGUUCAAUUAUUUUACAAUUUAUUUUUUUCCUUGAUUCAGUUAUCUAAAAAAGUUUAUUUACAUUUUUAUUACAAUUACAGUUAGCAAUGAGUGGUUGGGGUAGUAACAAUCGUGGUGAAGAAGAUUCUUACGGAUCAUCUUCAUACGGAAAAAACAACGCAAAUGAAGAUGAAAACUCAUAUGGUUCUUCCAGUUAUCAAAAACAGAAUAAGAGUUCAUAUGGUUCUUCAUCUUAUGGUAACAAUGAUAAUGAUAAUGAUAAUGACAAUAAUGACAAUGAUAACUCCUAUGGUAAAAAGGAUGGUUCAUACGGAUCAUCAUCCUAUGGAAAAAAGAAUGAUGAUAAUAAUAACAACUCUUACGGUUCUUCCUCAUACAAUACAAAUACUAGCAAUGAUAACAAUAACGAUAACUCAUAUGGAUCCUCUUAUUCAAAGAAGAACGAUGACAACUCUUAUGGCUCCUCUUAUGGAAAAACAAGUAAUAAUGAUGACGACAAUUCUUAUGGUAAGAAAAAUAGUUCUUACGGUUCUUCAUCUUAUAAUAAUGAUAAUGACAAUGAGAAUGAAAAUAAAACUUCUUAUGGUUCUUCAUACAACAAAAAGAAGAAUGACAAUGAGGACUCAUAUGGUUCUUCAUAUGAAAAGAAAAACAAUUCCUCUUACGGAUCAUCCUCUUAUAAUAAUGAUAAUGAAGAUACCAAUAAUAACUCAUAUGGUUCUUCAUCUUAUGGUAAAAAAAAUGACAAUGAUUCAUAUGGUUCUUCAUCUUUCGGUGGUAGAAAAACUGAUUCUAACAAGAAUAGUUACGAUUAUAAUGAAAAUAUAAACGAUAAUGACAAUGAUAAUUCUUAUGGCUCAUCAUACAAGAAAAACAAUAGCAAUGAAUAUGGAAACAAUAAUAAUAAUGAAGAAGGUUCAUAUGGUAACAGAAGAUACUAAGAUUUUAUAUUUAUUUUAGAUAGUUUAUGAUUUAUAUUUGAUUUUUUUUACGAUAGUAUUUGUUUAUUUUUUUUAUUUUAUUUUAUUUAUAUUAAUUUAACAACUUCUUUUUUUCAUAUCUUUUUUUCAUAUAUACAUGAUUAUUGUAGAGUAAAAGAUUUAAAAAUAUAAUGUAGAAUCAAAAAAAGAAAAAGAAAAAGAAAAUCAAUAGCUGUUGAUUCUCAUUAAAUAAUUGAUUGUUUUUUUUGUUUUUUUUUUAAAUAGUUAGUUGUUGUGUUUCAUUGGUUAUAGUAUCUGGUUUAACUGCAUCAAUGGCAUCAAAGACUGUUUGAAGUUUCCUUAUCAUUUUUAAAAGUUCAUAGGUAACACUUGAAUCAGAGGGAUUCCAAAAUAUGGAUUGGUUUUUUGGUUGAUGAAAGAUUCUU